AUGGGGACAGGGACAGUGCUGCACAGAAUGAGGCCUUCCAAAGGAGCCUGUUACCUUCUUCUCCUCGUGUUGCUGGUGGCUGAACUGCUGCCCAGCGUGUCCUGCGGCAACAAUCCACGCUAUGAGAAGUUCCUGAAACAGCACCGGGACGAGCCAAGGAGCAGAUUCCACGGCCGGUACUGCGACACCCUGAUGGGCAGCCGUGGCCUGACCAAACCCCAGUGCAAGGAAAUGAACACCUUCAUCCACGGCUCCAAAAGGCAGAUCCGGGCGGUGUGCGCCGAAGGAGGGGUUCCUUCCGGGGAGCUGCGGCGCAGCCGACGGCACUUCAGGGUCACCAGCUGCACCCUCAGGGGUGGCUCAACCCUCCCGCCCUGCGAGUAUAAGGAGAACACCUCCCCCAGGUACAUCGUCAUCGGCUGCGAAGGCGGAUGGCCCGUCCACUACGAUGAAAGCCAGAUUGUGAUGGCUGCUUGA